AUGGAGCAGCGUGCCUCGACGCUCCUGGAGAAACUCCCAGCGCGACCGCCGACGCCUCCACGCGACACUACCCUCCAAGAGAUUCCCGAUCUGUUCAAGAACAUCUCCUCCCAAGGCUCUCCCUACAAUCCUCGGCUGGACCUCCACACGCCCCCCAACGCCAACGCGCCCGCGGGAAACUCGACAAAUCCGGACUCGAGUCGCAUAAGGAAGCGCGUGCUGUGGUCUGCUCACACAGAGUACAGGGACCCGCCUGAUUACCGACCCGCCGCCGACGGGCUGCACAGGUCCCCGCUGGUGUCUGCACCCUCCUCGGCGUCUGGUAGGCCGCUCAAAGGAAUCCUCAAGCCGUCGCCAUCUCCGAACCCGCUGGCCGCAUCCCUGGGAGACGGCUUGGACGCGGCGGGCGGGGCUCACGUCAACAUCACUGAGAUGCUCGACUCCACUAUCAAGCAGCUGACAGGCUCCGACCGGACCUCGAAGCUGGAUGCCUACAUGAUGCUCUCGCGGGCUCUCAAGGCAUCUAAUAACCUCCCUGACCGCGUUGCUCUGCAGCACAAGAUGAGCCUACUCGUCCAGUUUAUCCAGAGGGAUGUCACAUACAAGAAUGAGGAUGGCAUCGUCGACACCUCCCUCGUCAAUCACGCGUUGACCCUGCUGAACACAUUUCUAUGUUUCCAUGCUAUUGCUUCGACAAUCAACUCCGAAUUCGCCAUAUUCGUCAUCGACCACUCCAUACGCAUCUUCGAGGAUCGCUCCGCCUCUAAGGACGUCGUCAGGCAUUUCAUGCAGGUCGUAGCGAUACAGAACUUUUCUGCAAAGGUUAUGACGGCUGACCGCGUUGGCCGUUUGAUCACGUCACUACACAGAAUUGAGGACCACUUGAAGGGGAAGAGCAUCAUCACCGGCCGCCUGCACAUCUACAGGAAGCUCGUGAAGCAGUCCCGCAACCACAUGGCUCUUUACACCGACUGGAUCAAAGACAUGCUUACGGACAUGCUCAGCACGGUGAGGGAGAUCCAGACCCAGGCUACCCAUCUUGGUAUGGAGGCUGGUUUCUCCCUACGCCAGGGGAACCUGAUGUUGCGCAAGAUGACGGAAAUCCUUCAGACGUCAAAUGAGGAUGAGACCUACAUUCAAUUCUAUAUGCGAAACCUGAGCGACAUGGUCAAGGAUAAGCAGCGGUCUGCCGCCGUUCCACCCAUCUGGAGCGUCAUCACCCUCUUCCUACGAUGCCCUCUGGACCGAUGGGACAACUACAACCCCUGGUUUUCGCUGAUCCAGGUAGCUUUCAACACAUCUGACAGCCAAACCAAGCACGAAGCCAACUACGCGUGGAACCGCUACGUCUUCCUAUGCCUCAUGGACAACAAGCCGACGAGCAAACUCCUGUCUACUCUCUGCCAGCCACUCAUCAGUCAGCUGCGCAGGAGGGCAAACACCAAGCAGCUCGAGGAGAGCAAGAACCUGCGGAGGACUGUCAUUGGUGGCAUCUGCAAUCUGUACUACUACGCAUUUCGCCCCGGUAGCGAACGGCUCUCGCCUCCCGAAGUCACGUGGGACAUUGCCGUGCAACCCGUGAUUUCCCAGCUUCUCGGACUCGAUGGCCACCGCGAUGUUCCGACGGAAGAUGUUCUGCAAGCAUCAAGGAUUCUGGUGGGCCUCUUGGACGUGUCAACACCAACCGUCUGGAAGGAAGAUCGCAUAGUGGACCUCCCCCCGGUGAAGCCCGAUGACCUUCCUUCGAUAGAGUCGAAAUGGAUCAGGAAGAACUCGGAGAGAGUGUUCAAAACUAUAGGUCCUGUCCUGGAGAAGAAGUUCUUGGACCUUGCCAACAAGGAGAGCCUUACACAUCGGUUAUGGCAGGCCGUCGUCGGCUCGGUUGCCGCUGCCUCCGCUAAAGAUAUCAAGGUCUCCGAGGAUACAGCUAGGUUCUUUGCCUGCGCCUUCGACCUCCUGUCGCAUAUCUGGUCCAAGGGCUGCGCCGAUAACGAGGAGCUCCUACGCUCCAAGUUCUACCCCAGCGUGCGAAACUUCAUCACCAUCCUCCUGGAAGGCCUGGGAUUGCUCCCCUUCAUGGAGAAGAAGCUGUCCAUGACGGUGCCAAACACGUUCGAGCCGGUGGCCACACCAUCUCAUCGCCCCGACCGCCCGGAGAAGCCACGCGGGAUUGUCCGCACUCCGCUACAGCACCUCUUCACCAUGUUGUCUUCUGUGCCCCACGGUGGAGCAGACGACGAAGCGUUCUCGGAUUUCUUCCAGUCCGUGUUCAAGCCCUUCUUCGUCGGAAAGAGCGACAAGAUCCGGGUCGAGCUCACCAGGGAGCUCUUGCGCCUGAGCCCGCAAAACACACCGUCUCCAUUUGCCUUGUGGAAACUGGGCGCGCAAGCUGUGAAACUUUCCUUCUCCAUGAACGCGCAUCGUAGUUCGCAGGUGGACACCAAUGUACCUGGGCCCGAGUUCCGUGAGAUCGUGUCGCUGCUUGAGCGCGGCCUCACAUCACACCCCAAUCUAUCGUCCACACCCUGGCUUUCGCUCUUUGACGCCUUCUGUCAGCGUGUGACGGCCGACUAUGGAGAUGCAGGCCGCGCCAUUGUUAUACUCAAGCCACUGGCCAAGACGCUGGUGGCCGAAUUCGGAUCCAAUCCUGACCAGCCAUCGCCUAAGCUUCUUGAGGCUGCCCGUGCCGUAUUUGACUCGGCCAAACUCCCUCGUGACCAGCAGGCAUUGGACGUUGCGCGACGUCGCAUUUGGGGAGACCCCGCCAUUGUCACCAAAGCAGGCUCUCCUGACCCCUUCGACUCCCUCUACAAGCUGGGCUCUCUAGUGUCUAGAUACUACUACGACCACCUGGAUAACAGUGACCCAGUUCCCUUUAUCAACGCAAUGGGCAAAUUUGUUGUCGAGUCAAUGGCCAUUACGGGAUUUGACUCCUUGGCCAAGCUACAGGCUGGGUUGUCACUGUGGUUUCAAGACGAGAAGAAUAUGCUGAAGAUCAAUAGUGACUCUCAACUCAGCAUUUCGAUCCGUGGACUUUGGACCACAAUUUGCACCGAGCUGGCACGCAAUGGCCCUCUCGAUAAAGGCCAAUUCGACCGUGUCGAGGUGUUGCUUACGGCCGCUUUCAGGAGCCAGCACCGCUUCAUCGUGAACAAAGCAGCAGAGGCUUGGAAUGCUGCCGUCAAGGAUCAGGAGAGCAUUGAGUGCUCAGACAGCUUCAAGUCUGUUGUGUCUUCCCUGCGCCCGCAGGUAGAUAUUACCUUGCCUGGUGUUGAACAGGCUGACGAGGACUUUGGUGCCCAGCCUGUCAACUUUUUGGAUUCUCAGGAAGACGCGGGUCCACCAGCACCAGCAGCUCCCUCUCCUUCACCAGCUCUUACCGGAAGCAACAUUUCAGAUUUCAAGGGCGUCAAGAUUUCCGUAUUGAGGAGAACUGCCCGUCCUUCCCCGCCACCCAGACGUCGAGUGGAAACUACACCAGAGUCGAGCAGAAUCUCCAAGCGGGUGACACGGUCAGGUAGCAGGGUGACCCCGCGUCUUCGGCACGACAACUCUCAGAUUCAGUUUGAGCCAAUCGCCUCAUCGUCCCCCGUGGCCGACGAGUCCCAGAAUCUUACUGAGAGACAGAAGGAAGUCCGGGAGAGGCAGAGGCAGAAUGCGGCCAUGUAUUCUGAUGUACAGACUGGCUCUCCUGUUACUGGGCCAGCCACUUCGGCGAAGAAAGCCGAGGCAUCGGCCAAGGCAACGGCCGGAAAUGCUCCGAAGGCGACGCCGGAGCGUGCCACCUCGUACUCGGAGCUGAUCACCUCAACGCCAACUCCACGGAGAGGUCAGCUCCUCCUCAUAGAAGGGGAGAACGACCCGGCGUCCUCGCCCCCCGAACCGAGGCCUUACCCUCUCCUGUCAGAGAUCCGUUCCAGAUCUUCGACUAAUCAUCUGGAGAGCUGGAACUUCUCUUCACCCCCCAGCUCCCCGGCCGUCACCCGCCAGCAGGCUGCCCUGGAAGCGGAGCAGCCGCAGGUAACCUUGACAGAAGGGUCCAGUCCUACGAAGCCACCCAAUAAAGGUCGCAGUACACGUUCUAUGGGGAGGUCGUCAAUAUCUUUCGAUGUUAUCCCGUCAAGUAUCCCGGAGAAGACGACCGAGAGUGGGAGAGUUUCUAUUACGCGAUCGGGCAAGGUACUCCGCAGCGACCAGCACGACGUCGCCCCGGAGACGCCACCUACAAAGCGUGUGUCUAGGGCAUCCAAGGCUGCCGCUGCCGCUGAAGAACAACUCGCCAGGUCGGUGGAAGAGGAGUUCGUGGAUGCCAGGGGCAGUGUGGAGAGAUCAUCGCCUGUUCUUCCAGAAAUGCCGCCGCAACAGGCUGCCGCCGCCGCCGACGACGACGACGACGACGAUACGUCAUCUCUUGAACUGAGCGAAGUCGACGACAGCCAACUUAUGAAGUUUGUUGUCGAGCUCGAAUCGCGCAGGUGCGACUCGCCUCUGAACAGGCACGCCCCCUCCUCAUCGCCGGCGAAGCAGCAGGAGACAGAACAUGUUGUGGUGGAAUGCAUCACCGUGCAUACCGACUCUUCCUCGCCCUCGCCCUCGCUGGCACAGAGGAGGAAGCGCAAAUCUCAAUCCCAGUCUCAAGAUUUCAUUCCCUCGACGCCCGUCGAGCCUCCCUCAGAGCCUGCUGAGGAGGCACAAGAUGAGGUCGGGGAGCAGGUCGGAGAGAGGCUCAGCAGCCCCCAAUCCCGUAACAAGCGCAAGAGGAAGAGUGGAGAACUAAGGAGGAGCGAGAGACGCUGCAAGAAGAGACGCUCCAUUUCGGCCUCGGAAGCUGCUGUACAGCAGGCCGAGGCGUCCAAGGACAACGCAGAGACAGUUGCCAGCAGCUCACCCGUUAAGUCUCAGGGGGUCAAGACUAGGCGCAGCACAAGGCAAUCCCAGAAAGAGCAGGAAGAACACGAACGGCAGCAGCAACGACAGGAGCAGAAACAGCAAAAACAGCAGCAGAAGCAGCAGCGUCGGAGAAGGAACCUUGAUCAAGGGAAAGGCCAGGGUGAGGAUAGAGACACGGACGAAGAAGUGUUUUCUCAACUCAUGACCGAGUCCAACGCGGCAUCUCAGUCGCAAUCACAGCUGCCAAGCGAUGACGCGAAUGACGUCGAAGUUGACAUGGAUAUGGGUGAGGAGAAUGACGAGAUAUCACGGCCAAACCUCGGAGGUACCAACCAAGGUGAUGGCGGUGUGGAUAAGACACCAGCAGUUGUUAAGGUGGAGGAGGAGGGUGAGAGUGGCCCGGGUUCGGGCGAUGCGAGCCAUAUAAUUGGACGACUGCAGGGUGAACUAGAAAGACUUCGGGCGGCAUCUCUCUCGCGCGACGAGGUCUACAAGAUUGAGGAUAUGCUCAUGGAUAUGAAGAGGGAGCUGUUUGAGGCUGAACGCCGAGGAAGGCAGUCAGUCUAG